GCUGCCUGCAGCAGGAGAGCGGCAGAGCGGACCCCCACGACCUCCCGUCACCACUUUACACCACAAGCCAAGUCAAAGUUCCCACCCGGCGGCUGAGCGUGCAGGAGGAGUCUGGUCUGCUGCGAGUGCGAGCUAAUUGUCACAAUGGAUGUCUUUUCCUUCUUGAUACCCUGUCAUUUUACCAUGGAGCCUACAGACAAACCCUGCAUACCUAGCUAGCAAUACAUAUUAAUCUAUUUCUUGGUAACACUUUCAGAUUGGACCUAAAGCGUUAUAUAGUUAUUGCUGUGGUUAAUAUUUUGUUAUUACCUCAGAAGUCACUGUCAACCCACAACAAAUUAGUUUUGUUGGACCAUUUCUUUUUUAUUUGAAUAAUAUUUACAGUAGUGAUGGAGACAAGUACACUUGCAACCCUGGCCACGGCCACCACCAUGGCUCUGGCCUAUCAGUCAGACAUGUCAUCUUACAUGUGGCUGCUGAUCCUGGGCUUCGUUAUUGCCUUCGUCUUGGCCUUCUCUGUGGGAGCCAAUGAUGUGGCCAACUCCUUUGGGACAGCCGUGGGCUCUGGGGUGGUCACUUUGCGGCAGGCCUGCAUCUUGGCCACUGUAUUCGAGACGGUGGGUUCAGUCCUGCUGGGGGCCAAAGUAAGCGAGACCAUCAGAAAGGGUAUCAUUGAUGUGCGGAUGUACAACGGCUCAGAGCACGUCCUCAUGGCGGGAUCGAUAAGUGCCAUGUGUGGCUCUGCUGUGUGGCAGCUGGCCGCGUCAUUUCUGAAGCUCCCCAUUUCUGGAACUCACUGUAUAGUUGGAGCCACAAUUGGGUUUUCCAUGGUGGCCAAAGGCCACCAUGGGGUUAGAUGGCUGGAACUGCUACGCAUUGUGGCCUCCUGGUUCUUGUCACCGGUGCUGUCGGGAAUCAUGUCAGGAAUCCUCUUCUAUAUCGUCCGCAAGUUCAUUCUGAACAAGGCUGACCCCGUUCCAAACGGACUGAGAGCCCUUCCCGUCUUCUAUGCCAUUACUAUGGGCAUUAAUCUCUUCUCCAUCUUGUUUACAGGAGCUCCACUGCUGGGUUUCGACAGAGUGCCAUGGUGGGGCACACUCUGCAUUUCUCUGGGCUGCGCCUUUCUCACAGCGUUGUUCGUCUGGUUUGUUGUCUGUCCACGGCUCAAGAAGAAGAUCAAACGAGAGGCACUUGCUUCACCAUGUGAAACUCCACUAAUGGAGAAGACCUCCAGCAAACCUCCAGUUGAAGAACAGCCUUCAGUACCUCCUGACCCUCGACCCCAGACCCCUCCAGCAGACAAUCCCAAGGUUGCUUUCAAACUCGGAGGCUCAGAGGAGGCCGACUUGAACAAUGACAUGGAAACUAAAGACCUGGAUUUGUCCAAUGGUCUGAACGGCACCGGUGGCUCCAUGACGAUCACUGAUCCUCACAGUGGACGCUCGCACACAGUCCACAAAGACUCCGGGCUUUACAAAGACCUUCUCCACAAGCUCCACAUGGCCAAAAUGGGUGACUGCAUCGGCGACAGUGAUACAGAAGAGCGCCCCUUGCGGAGAAACAACAGCUACACCUCCUACACCAUGGCUAUUUAUGGAAUUCAAGGAGAGCCUAAAUCCAAAGAUGUGGAGGGCGGGCUGCAGAGGAGGUCUCGGGUGGACAGCUACAGCAGCUACAACUCAGCAAUGUCCAGCGGGAGCACGGUCCAGGACGGAAGUGUGACUCAAGAAGCUGGCAAGGAAGUCGCCCUGGAGGAGGACGAGCUAGAGGUGGACCAGCCUGCCGUUUCCGUGCUUUUCCAGUUCUUGCAGAUACUCACAGCGUGCUUUGGCUCUUUUGCUCAUGGAGGAAACGACGUCAGCAAUGCUAUUGGCCCACUGGUGGCUCUCUGGCUUUUGUACGACAGUGGCUCCGUAGUGUCCAACGCACCCACACCCAUCUGGCUGCUCCUGUACGGUGGAGUGGGAAUCUGCGCCGGGCUCUGGGUCUGGGGUCGGAGAGUGAUCCAGACUAUGGGCAAAGACCUUACCCCCAUUACACCGUCUAGUGGUUUCAGCAUCGAGCUCGCUUCAGCAGUCACAGUCGUGGUUGCAUCAAAUAUUGGCCUUCCCGUCAGCACAACUCACUGCAAGGUGGGAUCUGUGGUGGCCGUGGGAUGGCUGCGCUCCAGGAAUGCUGUUGACUGGCAUUUGUUUAGAAAUAUCUUCAUCGCGUGGUUUGUUACAGUUCCCAUCUCUGGGCUGAUCAGCGCUGCCAUCAUGGCUUUAUUCAUCUUUGUAAUUCUGUGAGCAUGUCUCUGUUGAGUGGACCCACAGGCCGCCGUCCACGGGGGAUGCUUGACGUGCUUUAAACUGUCGCAUAUCCUGUCUGUUCCUGAUCUAUACUGAUUUUCACUGUUUUUUUCCUUUAUCUCACGUGGAUGUGUCCACAAAUUAUGCAGGCUCUAAUAGCACUGUUCAUACGUCCGAAGCACUGUGAUCCUGUAUAUUCCUGUGUAUAUUUGUAUAAAAGCAAUAUGUAUUCAUUGAAUUAUCCUGUUUUGAUUGAAAAAUAAUGUUCGAUAUAAUAUUUGCUUCAUGUGAAGGGAUUUCGAUGUGUUGUAGCCACAUUCAAUAUUUUCUGUUUGUUAAAACAAAAUAUCAUCUUUUAACUACAUGGUUUAAUGAUGAAAAGAAUAUAUUUAAUACCAUUAAUAGAGAAAGUGAAGAGUAUGUGUAAAUAUGGCACUUGUAUAGACUUUUAAAUAAACCUAGAUCGUGAGUGGAAAAUGGUUUACACUUUGAUACCAGGUUUGAAAUGAUACUGUCCAUAAAAUGAUGGAAAUGUAAAGUCUCACCAAAGAAAUCGGUUGAAAAAAACCCUGAUCUGAGUGUGACGUUUUAUUUUAAGCCCUAGUCUUUGACAAUAUCAUGCCGCAAAGAAGACAGCCUUAUGCCGCUGUUGCUUGCUCGUACUUGCUCAGCGACCGAAAAAGGAAGCAUUGCUUCACUGUUGUUCCUUUUAAAUAGGACGUUUGUAAUGCGGAAUACAAAAGUGUUGGAGUUUAGAGCAGCGUGCUGUCUAUCCUUUCCACAAGCCCCAGCACAGAGAUGUUGCUAUAACAUCACAAUAAAUAGACUUCCUUGUUCUGCCAUGGCUCACCUUCGCUUAUUCACCGACCGCAGAGGCAGCUGAGCCCUGUUUGAACUUGUGUUUUCUAACUGCAUGCUGGCAUUGCAGAAUCAGAGGUAAGAGAAUAGCGUCUAGGUCUAGAGUGGCACAAUCUGCCGUGCAAGUGCCCCCUUAAGCCAAAUGUACUCAGAUAUCCAAGUCCUUGGUUUUGCCUACAGAAGUGUAAACCAUGCACUCCAAUUUAUAAAUUAUUUCUUUCUUUCAAAAAGAUAAGAGCAAGAAAAGAUAAACAGGCUGCACUUUGCAAAGCACUUAGCAGUGUGUUUAUCAUCAUUCCACACUCAUUGCUCAGUGAUACUCUGAUGAGCUCAUGGACACAGCAGAGUUGAGGAUCAAUCUGCAAACCUUACAGUUGGACAAUCCUCUGUCAUGCAGGACAGCAUCAGCUGCAUGCCGGACCCUAUUGAAAAUGUAUGUAUCUGGAAUGGUGAACCAGAAACACAUUAAAUAAAUAAGCGCUAAGUGAGUAGAGUUGAGCUGUCAUAUGUCACAGAUUUCAUUUUGCUUGUUAAAAGUGAU